UUAACUUUUUAACACGUAAAUUAAUUCUCCCCAAAAUCACAGUGACGCCGAUUCCACUAGUUGAUGACCAAAUCCGCCAUUGUUUCCGAUCAAUUAGCUUGAUCACCUCCACCCAAUUCCCUUAGGGUGUACAAAAUGACAGCCCUAAUCUACCAGAUCUUCUCCUCCACCGCGCUGCUAGCGCAGGGCCUCUACCACCUCAUCUCCGCCACCCGAAACCACCUCAAAUUCCCCGCCGAUUACGCCGCCAAACCCUACCACCCCCUCCCCUUCCCCGCCGCAUUGGCCAAUCACCACCGCUGGCGCCACCUCCAGCUCCACCUCGCCAUCCUCUGCCUCCUAAUCGCAAUCGUCCACCACCUCCUCGCCUCCUCCGACGCCGAUCCCCUCGUCAAAGGCCGCACCGCCGUCCACCUCUUCACCUCCCUCCACUCCGCCCUCCUCCUCUUCGCUUUCCUCCUCCUCGCCCUCGCGCUCCUCCUCCCCGACCUCCUCCCCCUCCCUCCCGAUCUCUUCUUCGCCGCCGCCGCCGCGCUCUUCCUCCUCCAAUUCUCCCUCCUCUCCUCCUCCGCCGCCGCGCAGACCUCCGAUCUCCAGGCGAAAUGCGACUCCACCGCCGCCGCCGUCGCCGCGCUCGCCUCCGCUUUGUGCCUCGCCCUCGCCUGCCACCCGAAGCUCUUCAUCGCCGACGCCGCCCUCGGCGCCUCCUUCUGCCUGCAGGGGCUGUGGGCGCUGCAGACCGGGCUGUCGCUCUACGUCGACGCGUUCAUCCCCGAGGGCUGCCACAAGCUGCUGGAUGUGGUGAGCGGCGUCGAGGGAUCGACCAAGUGCGAAUUGGAUGACUCGAAGAUGAGAGCCGCCGCGAUUCUCGACCUAGUUUUUGUGCUUCACGUCGUGCUCGUGCUUGUUAUCUUCCUUGCGGUGUACACUGUUGUUGCGAAGACGCUCGGCGUCCGUACCAGAUUCGGAUCGUAUGAAGCGUUGCCGAAUACUUCACUGGAUGCGAAUCACAUCCAAUUGAAAUCCAUGGCCGGCACUCAGGCGUAGUCAAUUUAGGUCAGGCUAGGCCAUGAAACAGAUUUGGUGCAUUUCUGAGAGAUGCUUUUGGAGGGGACCCAAUUUCAUGUAAUGUAUGAUUGAGAGAAGCUCUGUUACACCCCUACCCAAUACAUUUUGUGCAUGUAUAGUUACAGUUUACAUCAUAUUUUAGUUGAUGAUUUAUGAUGUUUCUGUUCA